GUGCAUGAAACCCUAUUUCUCCGAAAGGGGCAAAGAAAAACCGCUAUCUUCCUUUUCUCGGCCCCAAAUUCUCUAUGGGAAGUUGUAUGCGAAAAGACCGUUAAUGGCCGCUCCAAAGCUCUUACUAUCAAACCUUCUUCGUCGCCGUCCACAAACCCUAGCCUCACUGACUUCUUCUUCUUAUUCAAUCUUCUUCGCCCAAUCGAGCAACCGAGAAACCCCCCAAAAAACCAGUUCUGGCCUUCCAUUCUCGACCGUGCAUCCUCUCGCUCUUCACUACGGUUUCGUGUGGUCCCGCUCUCUCUCCACUCGCGGCGACUCGGACUACGGUCGGGAUCUGAGUGUGGACUCGGCCGCUGUUCGGGCUGACGAGGAGGAGCUUAUUGACUCAGGGUUUUCUUCUUCUGUUUCUGAUGCUGGUGAUGUUGAUGGCUCGGAAAUCGCAGAGGCACUGGUUAGUGCUUCUGAUGUUGGUGGCGAUGGGGAGCCGAUUCUUCCCGUUCGUGCGCUGAUUUCGUUGCUUGAUUUGUUCCACAACUCAACCGGCUGGCCUUGGUGGGUAUUAAUUGCCUCCUCCACUUUGGCUCUUAGAAUUACACUGCUCCCCGUGCUUAUAUUUCAACUCAAGAAGUCCAAAAAGAUUGCAGAAUUGCUUCCUAAAUUGCCACCUCCAUUCCCACCACCUCUCUCAGGAGGAAGUUAUAGAGAACAAUUUUCACUCUUCCGCAAAGAAAGACGAGCAGUUGGCUGCCCUUCAUAUUUAUGGCUCCUAGCUUAUGUUUCUGUCCAGGUCCCAUGCUUUCUCUUGUGGAUGACAACCAUUCGCAGAAUGUCCCUUGAUCACCAUCCUGGGUUUGAUUGCGGUGGUACUCUAUGGUUUCAGAAUUUGACUGACUUCCCUCAUGGGGUUUCAGGCACCAUAUUUCCAUUACUGAUUGCUAGUUUUCAUUUUGCCAAUGUUCAGAUUUCGUUUCGAACAUUUUCAGCUGGAAAAGCAACUGGUCUGCUCGGCUUAUUGGCCCAAUAUUACAAGUUUUACUUGAAUCUCUUGACACUGCCUAUACUUUUUACUGGGUUUUGUGUACCCCAGGGGAGUUUGGUCUAUUGGGUGACAAAUAGUUCAUUAACUCUUGUUCAGCAACUAUGUCUCGACCAACCUGGUGUCCGUGAGACCUUGGGGCUACCUGACAAAGUGGAUCCAGUUCCUCCAGCGAUUCAUGAAAAAAUGGUUACACCUGGAGAAAAACAAGGUGAUCUGCUAAGAAAGCAACAGAUAAUCGCCCAUCUGUCCCCUCGAGAACUGCUUGCUUUAUCUGUCAAGCACUUGGCCGAAGGUCAUAAAGAUACAGCAAUGCCACUGCUAAGAUUGGCACUUGACAAAGAUCCUGAAUACGUGAGAGCCUUGGUUGUUAUGGGACAGACGCUAUUGCAGGAUGAACAGCUAGCAGAGGCUGCUGAAUAUUUGGAGCGUGCCAUCUCAAAGCUUUUUCUCACUGGCCAUCCAACAGAAGUUGAGGAGGUUGAUCUCUUGAUUCUCGCCUCUCAGUGGGCAGGCAUUGCUUAUAUACGUCAGGGUAAAAAUGCAGAGGGAAUCAGACACCUAGAAAGAGUAGCAAAUUUGGAAGAGCCAGAAGAUGCGAAAAGCAAGGCCCACUAUUAUGAUGCAUUUCUAGUGCUUGCUAGUGCUUUAUACAGUGAACAUCGUAAGCCCGAGGCUAAAAAGUUGUUGCGCAUGGCAGCUGCUUAUGAUCCUUCGCACAGUGUUUACUUGGAACAAUGUGAAAAGGAUGAGGUAGAUCUUGUUAGUGAUCUUGCCAGCAGCAGGAGAGGAGAUUAGUAGUUCCUUCUAAUCUUAGUCUACCAAAUUUUGAAUCAGAAUGGAUGCUCCACCUAAAUUAGUGGUGUCUUGUGUUCUUACAAAGCCAAUUGACAUACAACCCUUGUAUACGACAACUAUACGAAUUUUAUUUUCCUGAUAUAAGACUAUACGAGUUUUUUUUGUGCAA